CGCUCGGCAGCCGGACGAGGGCGAAGCCGUUCGAGGACUUUAGAGAGAGCGAGAAAGGCAGCUGCGGCGCCACGACUGGGCAGAGGCGCUCUCGGGAAAAAUAAUUCAAUUAAUUCCCGAGAUGGCGCCGCUGGCCUCAGGCGUGGCCACGACGUCCCCGGCGGCGGUGAUCGGCGUCCUCCUGGCGCUCGCCGCCGUCGCCGCCUCCCACAGUCUCGGCAUCGGCAGGUGCAAGAAGGUUGACUCUGUACCAGACUUCCAGCCUGACCAGUUCCAAGGUCUCUGGCACGUCAUGGAGAUAUUCAGCACGAGCAGCCACUGCAUGACAAUGACCUUCAAGCGGACCGGCCGCUACACUUUCAAGGUCACGGAGUCUCGGGAGUUCGACCUUCUGCGGCGCUUGGGCCACGACCACACCUUCGCCAACACGGGGACUUUCACCGUCAAGCACCCUUGGCAGCCGGCCAAGUUCAGAGCCAGGUGGCCAUCAAACAUCUUCGGCUCCGCCGACGCCACCAUCGUCGACACCGACUACGACUCCUUCGCCGUCCUCGUGGAGUGCCAGCACGUCUUGUUCUUCUUCAGGAGAACCUCUGCCGUGAUCCUCAGCCGCGAGGACAGCUUAGAUCCUGCCAUCGUCAGUAGGGUCAAGGCCGAUCUGGCCAAGUACGACCUUGACGUGUCGCACUUCGACGUGAUCAACCACAGCGACUGCCGGGCGCCGAGCGAGGCCGCCUUCAGCUACGCCAUCGACGCCUCCACGGUCAGCUUCCUCCGGCGGCAGCACAAGUCGUCCAAGGGGAAGCCCAAGAACUCUCCGAGGGCACGGCCUCCCGUGCGCUUCGGGGUACGAGUGCCUCGGCUUCGCAUCGGUUAG